AUGAGUUGGGGAUAACCUGAAGAAGUACCUUAGCAAGCAUAAUCUUGGGGUAAUGCAGAAUCAACAUGGGGCAAUACUGGAGAUCAAUAAUAAUAGGAUAAUAAGCCAGCAUGGGGUGAUUCAAAUAAUGGUUAGGAGAAUAAGGAGUUUAGAGGAAGAGGUGGACGCGGAGGUAGAGGCGGAAGAGGAGAUAGAGGAGGAAGAGGAAGAGGAGGAGGAGAUAGAGGCGGACGAGGAGGCAGAGGUAGAGGAAGAGGCAACAAUGAAAACAGGGAAGAAGGAGAAAUUAAGCCUUAAAAUGAAGGCGGAGGCUGGGGAUAAUAGACAUCAGAGGGAUGGGGUUAAACUUAGUAAGAGAAUAAAGAACCUGCUCAAGGGUAAUCUGAUGGCAAUAAUUGGGGUGGAGGAGCACCUACCGAGAAUGCUGGAGGAUGGGGAUCAUCAAAUAAUGAAGCUCAAGGCUGGGGUGGAAAUUAAGAAAAUAACAAUAAUCAAGAUGGUUAAUAAGAAUAGUAGAAGGGUAAAGGGAAAGGAAGGAAGAGAGAUUCACCUCCUCCUGCUAAAAGAGUAAGACCGAAUCCAAUAGUAAUCACAGUAGAAGAUGAAGAGGAUAGUGAAACUUAGCAUGUUAUAAUUAAUGAAUAUCCAGUGUUGCAAAAUAAGUAGAAGGGACUGAUCAAGAGUGAGGAAUAGUAAGUAUGCUUUGAAGGUAAUAUUAAAAUAGAUGAAAACAAUAUGAAUGCGUAAUUCAUUAGUUUUGAUACAGAAAUAAAAGUCAAAAUUGAUUAAAUUGAAGAUUACACCAUAGAGAAUUCUAAAGACUUACUGAAGACCAUUGGAGAUUAAAUUAUCUUUGGAAUAGUUCAAGGAGUAGAUAAGGAUAAUCAGAAGGCUAUAAACAAAUUAGCAGAUAAUCUGUUGGACAAAUAAUAAUCAAUUCACUUCAAAGAUGUCAGUUUGUUUAGUAUCAAAUAAUUGUACAAGGGCGAAAGUGUUUCAAGAUUGGCAUUCGUUAAGUAGAUUUAAGUUUGA